CUGUUCUUCUCAACUGAAUCAGUGCUGCACUUCUGAUGGAAGUUUCGAGGAAACUAAUUAUGGAAUCAGCUGAUCAUGAAAUCAACUUAUGAUACUUAACUAAAGCGAUUAGUAUUUUGUCUAUAAAAGUGACAGAUAUUUAUAUUGAAGAAAAAGAAGAAUGCUGAAACACUUAUAUUAACAUAUAAAAGAACAAAGAUUUAUUGUUUCAAUUAUACUUUAAGUUCGAGUGAAAAGUUGACUUCUCCUGAAGAAGAGUAUUAAAUACAUAACAAAUACGUAAACAAACAACCACUACAUCAAUAAUUAUAUUAUUGUAAUAGUUAAAACAAUGGCUGCAAAGAUAUAUCAACCCGAUCAAGAACUAGAAACAAAAGUUAAGAAAGCAACUGAACGUAUAUCGGAGAAUAUGCAUAUUGUGGCGAAUGAGCCAUCACUCGCCUUUUAUAGGCUGCAAGAGCAUGUGAGGAAAGCUCUACCGCCAAUGGUGGAGAAACGUGUGGAGGUGUUAGCAUUGCAGCAACAGUUAUUAGGUAGAUGUUACGAUGUUGAAUACGCAGUCAGCGCAAUUAAAACCAUGCAAGGAGCUGGGAAAAGUUUUGAAAACACACUGGAGUUCAUAAAGAAUGCCAUAUUCUUCAAGCAACAGCUGAAGUAUGAGGAGCAGCGACGCAAUAAGAAGGAUAACAACAGGGAUUCCGUUUACAAACGUCUGUCCGCACAUAUUCCCACUUUGGACCAUUUGCCAGAUGAAAUAUCCGACGUUGUCAGAGAGACUGCGAAUCGGGUAGAAUCUAUGAUGAAUCAUGCCAGGCAUUCUAGCGAAGUACAGAAAUCGACUACUAUUCAUAAUUGAAGGGAUAUAUCAAGCUGUUUUGUGGUUUUCUGUGAUAAUUACUAUUUAAAGCGAAUGUUAUGCAUUAGUUGUAAUAUACAGUGUACGUAUGUUAUAAUGUAUGAUUACUAUUAACGUGUACAAUCAAAGUGUUGACAAACACAUAUGUAUCCACCUGAUUGUAUUAUAAGUGUUGUACUAUAAGUGUGAUAAUUGUUUAAUCUUAUAGACAUUUUUGUAUUAAGUUAUGCAUAUUUACAUUAUAUCUAUACAUUGUACCUUGAAUUUGUGCAUUGAUUAUCACGAUUGACUUGAUAUAUUUUGAAAUAAUUCCGUAUGAGUAGUCAACAGUUUAGCCAGUCAACACUUUUUGUUUGAAUUGAAUAUGAAUUUACGAAUAUUA